AAUGGCGGACUUGGUUGGUGCAAGCUCGCCGAGCAAGCGCAAGCGCGACUGCGGUGAGGAGGGAUCAAGUGCGAGCCGAGAGUCUAAGGUGGCUAGGCUGCUUGCCGGUACAACUGGCGAGCACGUCAAGACAAACUCGAUCUCAGCUCGGCCCAAGGCUACGGCGACUCGGGUGGUCCGGAUCCGCCGAAAGGGUGGCAAAGUAGUGGUCGACUGCGAUGUGUACAUCGGAAGGAACAUGUUUAUGGGCGGAUGGCGGCUGAAGAGAAGCAAGUGGGCCAAUCCGUUCUCGGUCAAGUCGGCUGGUUCGCACGCGGCUGCUUGCGCCGCCUACGAGCGGUACGUCCGCGCCCAGCCAGAUCUCAUGGCUGCGCUCUCCGAGCUCAAUGGCAAGACUCUUGGCUGUUGGUGCAAGCCCAAGCCGUGCCAUGGCGAUGUACUGGUCAAGCUUGUGGCCGAGGCCGGUCGUUUGGUGCCUGAACAAUGCGAAGAAUGAUGGAUGCGUGCCCGUUCGCCCUCUCGCACCUCUCCCUUACUCCUUCCUCGCACUCUUGCCAGCUCAUCAAAUCCAUUGUCCUUGUUCCUG